CUAAACUGUUGUCUGCAGCGGCUGGUACAGAGCUGCUGGACCAGCACAGGCACCUCGCUUCGUCUCUUUGACAGCGACCGCCUGACAUAGGGUGACAGAACGACAUUUGGCUCUACCCAGCACCCAUCCUGCCUGUCUGUGCAGAGGACCUGGCUCUGGACGCUAGUCAAUAAUGAUGAAUGGCUCCGACCUCGCCAGUACGACGGCAUCCAGUCCCAAAUCCAAAGAGGACCAAGUAGUUAAUGGCCACGAUGAAAAGGAAAACAACCCCUUUGCAGAAUACAUGUGGAUGGAGAAUGAAGAAGACUUUAACAGACAGGUGGAGGAGGAGCUGCAGGAGCAGGAGUUUCUCGACCGCUGUUUCCAGGAGAUGCUGGAGGAAGAAGACCAGGACUGGUUCAUUCCAUCGCGUGACCUGCCCCAGGGCAUGGGGCAGCUGCAGCAGCAGCUCAAUGGGCUCUCGGUUGGCGAUGGCCACAGUUCAGAGGACAUUCUGAGCAAAAGCACCUUGAAUCCAGAUGCCAAGGAGUUUGUACCCGGCGUGAAGUACUGACCAUCAAGGCAGGCUUUGGAAAGACUGUGCCCCUACUCUGGGGGAAGGUGGUGGGGGGGAAGGAGGGAGGGGAUCAGCCCCCAGCUGGACUCUGUGCUGUAACAGAGUUGCUGCAAUGUGGCGAAAUCUUGCUCUACGCUUCAAGUACCUUUUUUUUUUUUUUCCUUCUUCUUUAUUUGUGUCUUUUAAACUCUUCCUUUGUAUUGUCUGUCACCUUUUUUUGGCAGUUUUUGCUUUCUAGGACUUGUGGCCCUUAGGUCUGUCUUGAAGUCCAGCACUCCCCCUGCUUCAGAGGCCCGUUUCAAUGUGUGCUUCAAGCCUGCUAGUGGAAAAGUCAUGUUUUCUUGUUUAAGUAGGAUUUGUAGGGAUCCCCCUGCCUGCCUGCUCCCUCCCCAGAGGCAGCAAGCCUGGGCCAGGAGCUGCACUGGCUUUCCUUGUUUCUGUUAAACAGGAUUUCUUUCACUAAAGGAAAGGUGAAGUGUAACAAGACUGUAAACCCUAAAUUCCUCCAAGCAGCAGCCUGCCCAGCUCUCUGAUAGGUGCUGAACACUAACUCAUAUGCUUCUGUUCUGGUAGAUAGAGUCCUGCCUGCUUAAUCGGUUGCAGGAGCUCUUAGGGGAGACCAGACUCAUCAGACAUCAUCCCAGCCAUCCAUCCCAAGGGAAGGGCUGCUCCUACAAAACACGUUUUCUCCUUAAAGAAUUUUUACACCCCACCCCCCCCCAACUCUUGAACUUAUCCAGCACUAUGUGCUACGGCUCUGAAGCAUCUGUACCUUCAUUUCUCAUUUAAAUAAAUCCAAGCAAAACUGAAUAGAGUCAUUCUCAGCAGAGUGGAGUGAUAAGGAGUUGGUGUCAAGCAGCCUCCCUGGGAGAGGAGAGGGAUCCUCUGUCAAGAUGAGUCUGACCCCUGAGGAGCACCCGAAGACUUAGACUGAGAAGGGUGUUUUUGGGAGGUGACGAGCAGUGUCUUUGUGCUGGUCCCCACAGUCCCCUUUGCCGAGGCUCUGGUGGGGGGUGGCAUUCCAGGCAGAGCCACUGGAGUGGCUGUGGGCAGGAUCUGUGCCUUCAUAGGGUGAACUUGCUCUUGAGGACCUCCUUCCCCAUUGGCAGGAGCUGGCUGGGCUUCAGCGCUCUAAACCACAGCCCUGGGCGCUUCUGGUAUCUAGUAUUUAAAGUCCUGUGCUUCCAUGGGCUCCUUUGGAGAGCCAGCAUCAGAAAUCUGAACCCAGAGAAAGCAGGAGCGUCUCGGUGAGGGGCACAGCCUAACGAUUAAAAUAGUUACUGGCUUUAGUAACGUGGAUGGGAGCUUUUGCUCAUCCGUGUAAAUCUCACCUCCCAGGUACUGUUACUUCCAGUAUUCCUUUUACUUAAAUGGAGUAGUUAAUGGAGUGGGAUUACAGAUCCCUGAGGGGUUUGCAGAGAUGGAAGCUAAUGGCCACUCAAUGGUCUGACUCCAUUAGCUCAGCACAGCGAAGCCAGUGGCCGCAACUUCUGCCGCUGGAGCCCAUCAGUGAGCCCAGCAGGAGGGCCCGGGGUCUGUGGACCACAAACACUGAGGGAGGUUUGAGCUGAUUUCUCAGCUGCUUGCCGUACAGUGCGCUCCGUACUUCACCAGAUCUCCCGUCUUAAAACCAGCGCUGAACCCUGAUGCUACCGCAGCUGGAGCUGGCAACCUGUUGAAGAUUUCUUUCUGAAUAGGUGCCCAUCUUAAAUACUGCUGCCCAGAGGGGGUGGGUUGGUUUGGGUUGAGUUCUCCUGUUGUCCGGUACAACCUGUGCCUUCAGCACCUGCACGGUUGCUUCCAGCUGUCGGAGGCUCCGUCCGCUAUGUGGCUGGAGCUCAGGCUGUGCCUGGGGCUUUGCAGGACAUAACCCAGGGUGUGGGGAAGGGCGGCUGUAUGCUGAGCAAACUUCUUUUGUAGUGGUAGUGCAGUUUUCCCCCAUCCCUUUCUCUGGUUUCUAUUUGAUUUCUUACUAAAAACCAAAACCCAAACCCAAACCCACCCUCUGACAUGCUGUAAAUUUCAGACAAUGCAUUAUUAAAAAUAAACUUUUUUUGGAACUGA